UCUAAGAUUCUAUGGUGAUACAUAUUUGUUUUUCCUUGUAGAAAAGGAGAAAGUGACAAUGAACAUUUCGAGGUUCGUAACCACUUGUGCUUUUUGGUUAGGAAUCUGCAUUUUGGAAUGCUCUUCAAGACAAGUAUGGGAUGUGCGACUAUGGGGUAACCCCAUGUCGCCUCCCAGGAGCGACGGUAUAGUGGAGAUAUAUCUCGGGAGCAAGGGCUGGUUCGGUACCUGCGACAAAGAAUGGGGGAUAAACGAAGCCAUAGUCGUCUGCAGGCAGCUAGGAUUCCCGGGAGCCAUCGCGGGAUACCCGAACGUGAUGCAAGCUGGAGGUUCGCUUCUGCUCUCCCGCCAGUGGAGAUGCUCUGGGACCGAAAACGCUUUAUAUGAUUGCAUUAACUACCAUCCUACAUAUCCAUGCUACCAGUUCACAGGAGUCAAGUGUCACGAACCGGGCUACCUUGGAUGUUUUCAAGAUACAUUUGGAGCCCUGACAUCGACGCUCGUCGACAACGUCAUUGUCGAGCCCGACAUGACAGUGGACCGAUGCCGGCAGUUCUGUAUGUUCCGGCAUUACCGAUUAUAUGGUCUGAAAAAUGGAAAUGAGUGUUAUUGUGGUUUAGUAGAAUCUGAGAUUGGAGACCAUACCAAGCUUUCUGACGCGCAGUGCCAGACACCGUGUCCCGGUGAUUUCGGGCAGGUCUGUGGAGGGAACCGAACAGACACGGACAAACUCUCCGUCUUCGAUGUGAAUAUGGGAGAAUGCGAAAACCCGGGAACCCCGGAGAACGGUGUUCAGCUCGACUCUCGCUUCAUGUUUGGAGACAUCGUAAGGUUUGCAUGCAUGCCCGGUUACGAGCUUCUCGGGAUAGACGCCAUUCAAUGUGUUCUCGCCCCCGGAGGACCUGGUAUGGGGGUCACGUGGAGUACCCCUCUUCCUUACUGUGCCUUGAUCAAAAUGACCAGCCCGCCUGCACCAACCACCGAACCAACCACCACAAGAAUGACUACUACACCCCCUACAACGAUGAGAGAGACGACUACGACAAUGAAAACCACGACAACGCAAGAACCGGUGAGAACGACGACGCCAACGACGACGGAACGAAGAACCACUGCGCGUGAAACGACCACCGCAGAAAGCAGCAAGAUGAUGCUGACGGAAGAGCGAACGACCACGGAGGAAAUCAGGGUUCCAGUUGUCACGACACCGAAGACGACGAUGCCCUCUGAUGAACCGUCAUCGUCGACAUCGGAAUCUAUGACCAAGGGAAUGACUUCGGAAAGGCAGUCGACCGAAGAAAUGACGUCUGGUGAGAGCACAAAGACGACAACAAUGGCAGUGGAAGAGAGAGUUAAUGACGUUACAAAUUAUACCGAUUACAUUUCAAAACCAACAACAGCUCCAGGAAACAAGACGGGAGACAAUGAAGCAGGCGCACAAAAAGCGUUCAAUUUAUUCACAAUGAUCAGUGAACAUUCCAUUCUCAUCGCUCUCGGAGGAACUUUCUUAAUUUUGUUAAUUCCGAUCAUCGUCAUAGUCAUUUUCAAGAAGGCCUGCAAGAGAAAAAAGUCCCCUUCCAAGAUCCAGAUCGAACGGAACAUGGAAUAUCAGCUCGGCAGUGAAACCACCGGGUUUACAUACGAACCCCAGCCGCAAUCCCGACCUCGGUACCAGUCGUUUAGGAGAGGCUUCAAGCGGUUUUCGAAACGGCCCUGGUCCGACCGGGAGGAAGACAGCAGUGACGAGGAACUGUAAAAAUAAUGGAAGACCUUCUUUCUAAAGAAGACUUGCACUAAAACUAAACAUUUCAGUUCUCUCGAGAACUGCGUGUUAUGAUGAUCAUGAUAAUGGCUUGCUCUCGACGUCAUCGAUUUAAAGCAUACUCGAACCAGGAGCCACUUCAAGUCCUCAGUUACUCAUUUCUGUUCAUGCUCUUCUGCCCAAAAUGUACCACUGCAGUCUUGGUCUUGUAAUAUAAACCAACCUUAGUGGUAACCCACUAUACCGGUAUAAUAUUUUUACCAAGUAACUAUAAAGGAUGUUACUGCAGAGAAAUUUUUAGUUUUUUGGCUAAUUCAUUAUCAGUAAUAAAUCUGAAAGGUACAUUUUAAGACUAUUUGUUUAAGCACCAGUCAAUUUAUCCCACAUAACUAAUGGAGACUUGCUGAUUUCCUUGUAAAUUUACAUGUACCACGGAGCUGUAAUAGCUCUAUGCAUGUACUCUCUAUCGCCCAUCUACAGAAGUAUGUAUUAAAACUGAGACGAGUGUCUCAAUGGUAGCGGUUUGACUGACGCGGGAUCAUUGCCUAGCAUUAUUGUUGAGUAAAAAUGAUAACUACUACUUUUGUGUCGAUUGACCUGUUCCCGCUCUUUAAUAUAUACCCGGGGUUGAAGAGUUGUCAAAGUUAGAACCUGGUCACCUUUUCGUAAAAUAAUGAACUUAUUCUGAAGAUACGUGUACUUUUAGGAAAGACUGGUGAUCGACUCAUGUUAACAUGAGAUUGUUUCUGUGUUAACAGAAAUGUGAGUGUAUUUCUUAUAGCCCUUAUCAGACCUGAAGUUUCUUGAAAUGACCACAUAAAGGAUUUGCAACUGUUGUAACUUUGCCAUAAUGGCAACUACCAUGGUAACAGGGGUCAGCAGCCAAUCGGAACCAAGGUUGCAUUGGUAGUUGCCAUAAAUGGCAAAGUUGCAACAGUUGCAAGUCCUUUAUGAACCGUCCCCAGAUCUAUUUUAAUUGCUGAAAUCAUAACUGUAAGGUAAAAAUGUUGGAUUUCAAAAGCAGUUGACAUAGUUGAUGCAAUUGAUGGAAAUAAAAAUGACCGAGGAUCUGAUUUUAGCGCCCAAGAGAGGGGCAACAGUCGCUAGAAAAGUCUCGCGUAACAUGAUGAAACACCCGACAGUAGAAUACCCGUCUUAGAUCUUCGGAGGCAGGGUUAAGGUGAUGAUGUCAGUAUUCAGCAUUUGGUUGUGCAAGAAAAAAAUGCGAAUAUUUCGGAUUGUAGAUAUAUAAUAUUGCAAAUCUAUAUCGUUUUCGUCUAAUUAUAUGUUAAAUGAAAUUUCCUGCUAUUAAUUGGCCUAAGUACCAAACGAAGUGUAAAGUCAUUAUAAUUACCAUUUCACACAAGUAGAUUGUUAUGUCUUGUAGAAAUAAUGUACACACUGUCCAGAAAUGCGGUAAUGAAUUUGAAUGAAAAACAGAAGUUUGCGUACCAAUUGUUUUUAAAAUAUUAUAUCAGUGCAAUGACCAGGGGGGGGGGGUAGAAUUAGGUGCUUGGCAUCUUGUGCUGUUUUACAAGGCUUAUAAGAUAGUAUCAUAUAGUAAAUUAUUAUGUAUAGUAUGCAUGAAAUCCCGUGUAACAUGUUUGAUAAAAUGUUAUGUAACCAUUUAUGA